UUUGUGAAAACCUCUGACGAUUCUCCAGUGCCUAAAGAGAUGAAAGUUUCAAUUGUGAUCUAUGGUUCAGAGGGCAAAAGUGAUGACAUUGUUCUUCUCCCAAACAACCCUGGAACCGUAGUUUUUCUUCCUGGAGCAAGAGAUGAGUUUUUGGUUGAUGCUGGAGAUGUCGGGAAAGUGUACAAGAUUCGGGUCAGCUGUGACGGCCUGCUGGGUUUUCAGAACUGGCAUUUAAAGUCUAUUCAGAUAGAAGAGCAGCACACAGGAACAGAGCUGCACUUUGACUGUAACUGCUGGCUUUCUCCGAGCUCAGAACACACAGAGCCAGUGAAAGAAUUCCCUGUGGUCAUAGAAGGUCGGCCAUCCCUCCGGGUGAAUGAAUAUGUUGUAUCAGUUCACAUGGGGAACAACUGGGGAGCCGAAACAUAUUCAAAUGUCUAUUUAACUCUUUAUGGAGAGCACGGUGACUCAGGAGCAAGGAAACUUCGCCAUUCCUUAGUCGAAGGACCACCAUUUCAACAAAACAAGGUGGAUGCUUUUUUACUGGAAUCUGUCACUCUGGGGCGCUUGACAAGGGCUGUCCUUGGUCAUGAUGGAGAGGGAUAUGGUGCAGGACUGUACCCCAAGAUGGUCACUGUGCAAGAAUCUAAAACAUCGAGAACGGAGUGGGUUUUCCCCUGCUUCAGAUGGUUAGAUGAUCACAUUGGAGACCAGAGCACUGUUUGCAGUCUGAAGUCAAUUGGUGCAAGGUCAGUGGUCAGCCAGAAACUGCAGGAACAUUCUGGCACCUGGACCUUUGAGAUCUGUGGCUCUGAAAUCAAACAUAAUGAAGGCUUCAUCUGGCUUACACUAAUUGUUUGUGGAGAUAAAGGCUACAGAAAAGUAAGACUGCAUGUGACUGGACCCACCCUUCAGAUCAAGGAACAAAUUCCAGAAGUUGGUAUGAUCUACAAAGUGUGUGUGUCCAGUAAACCUGACAAAGUGCAGCAGACAUGGAGGCUUAAAACAAUUGACAUGAAGAAUCUUGAAUCAAUGCUGGAAAUGCAUUUGAACUUCGAUUGCCUGUUUGUUACAAAUACACAUAACUAUGUAGAACUUCCUGCACUGUUUCCAGAUCAGGAUCCUGAUCCUGUUGUGGAGUACAGGAUUAAUGUGUAUACGGGAGAUGUCAGGAAUGCAGGCUUUACUGGUGAAGUAUACAUCAGUCUCCAUGGUGACAGAGGCAACACUGGAACACGGUGGCUAUCAAAAUCCCAAAAUACACCAAACACCUUUUGUCGUGGACAGGUGGACGUUUUUAAAAUCAUAGCAGUGAAUGUUGGGGAAGUGAAAGAGCUAGUUAUCGGACAUAAAAGUCAGCGCAAAGCUUUAAUGGACUGCACAGAUCGUUGGUUUCUGGAGAAGGUGAUAGUGGCGGAAGGAGAUAUGCCCACUACACAGCACACGUUCAUGCACAAUGAUUGGAUUGAUGCUCACCCAAAGAAGCCAGAUGUCUAUGAGGUAGUCAUGCCUGUGAAAGAAACUGUUGAAAUCAGGUCCGACCCCAUUAAAGAGCCUGAAACUGGAAAAGCAAGACAUUGGAACAUGUGGGUGAAGUGCUCGCCAGUACCAGAAAGACCAAUAGACGUGUCAGUCAUUAUCUUUGGGGAGAAAGGAAAAUCACCCCUGUUAAGAGCUGAAAACUUCCAUGAUAAGCCAUUUCCAGUGCACACUGGGGAAAUAGGUGCCAUUCUUAAGGUGUCAUUCUUCUGCAAGAGUCCAGAGAAGAUGAAAGGUCUGAAGCUAGAGAAGCUGCGCAUGAAGGACAGUGUUACAAAGCAAGAGCUGGGAUUUGACACUACAGACCGGUGGCUGUUUGAGGAGAAGAGACUGGAGACCGUGACGGAGCUGGCAGCUGUCAGACCUGACAGGCCUCCUCUCAGAGAUUUGAUUUACUCUGUGAAAGUGCAUACAGGCGACCUGCCCGCCGCUGCCACUGAUGCCCACAUCUCCAUUGCACUGUUUGGCGAAAACGGAGACACAGGCGUGCGGAGGCUGACUGAUAGUGCUUCUCGAAUACUUCUAGACAAGGGGAAGGUCAACGUCUUCUGCCUGAGAGCAGUGGAGCUGGGCUUACUCACCAAACUGACUGUAGAGCACAGUAAUGAAGGCUAUGGUGCCGGGUGCUACCUGGAUAGAAUCACGGUGCAGGCCUCAGCAGACACAGACGCCGAGUUUGUGUUUCCAUGCCAACAGUGGUUAGACAGCGGAACUGGUGACAGAUGGACAAAACGAGAAAUAAAACUCCUUGGAAAAGUCAGCAGCCACAGCAGAAUGACAGCAGAUCCUCAGGGCACAUGGGACAUCCAUGUUCUCACUGGUGCCUCUUCCAGCAUUGCAGUGGAUUCAGAGGUAAUCCUGGAAGUGUGUGGAGAGAGGGGCAUGUGCUCUUCCCUCACUCUUCCAGGGAACAAGCUCAGACCGGGACAGAUGUAUCUGACCGUGACAGAAAUUGAUCGGAAAAAUGGAGCAAUCCUUAAAAUACGUCUCCAAACCAUUGAGGCCAGAGAAGGUGGAGUCUGGUACUGCAAAGAGAUUAAACUUCAGAACAGAAAUACAAAUGAAAAAAUUGAAUUCCCUGUGCUUCGAUACUUGGGUGACAAGGAAGAAAACCUUGUGCUAGAACUGCCUGUGAUAAGGAAAGACGGUGAUUUACUAAAAGUGAAAGACUACACUGUGAUUGUUACUUCUGGACCUGCCUCUGAGUAUGAAACAGAACCAGACGUAUUUGUCACUCUUUGGGGGUCACUGGGGGUCACAGGCAAAAGACAACUGCCAAGAAGAAGAGGCAGUUCUCAUUUUAACAAAGAAAAGGUGUAUGUGUUCCAAGUGGAAGCAGUGGAUAUUGGACUCUUGGAAGAAGUGGAGGUGGAAAAGGGACGAGGUUCAGACUGGUACCUCAAGCAGAUCGUAGUGAAGGAAGGGGUCUACGUGGAGAAAGAGGCUGUCUGUGUGACAAAGACAUGGCUGGACAACAGAAAAAGAAAUCUAAAAUUACCUUUAAAUGACUUUCAAGUGAACACCAUUAUGCCACUAACUGGUCUUGGUGAGAAGGAAAUGAAAUCAGAUGGAUUGUGGUGUGUUUAUCCAGUAACACCAUUGGAAGAAAAGGUUGGAAAUCCAUCCCUUUUUAGUUGUUUAGUAAUGAUACUGUAUGGGUCAAAGGGAAAGUCAAAACCUCUUUUUUGGAAACCAAAGGAGUCUUAUUCCAUUGAAGAUCCAACAGUUUAUGAAAUUGAACUUCAGGAAGACCUGGGUGAGAUCUAUAAAGUCCGUCUGGGGCUUAACAGUUCAACGAAUAAGACAGCCCAGGUGUCUAUCUGCCCUUUCAGGAUGCAGAAUGCAGACACUCUGGACUCAUUUAUCUGUUGUGUAAAUGAAACACUUCCCUUAAGUUCCAGUGGAGACAGAUGGCUUGAAGUCCCAGUGGAGUGGCCAUUAAGGCCAUCCCUGCGUGUUGCUGUAUAUCAUACAACACUGUUCUCCAGUGACUUCUACAAGAUCAGGCAGCCACCACAGGUUGCUCUCUGUGUGUAUGGUGACCAUGGAGACACAGGAGAGAGGCCUCUUCUCUGGCCUUUGCACACACAGGACCAGAAAGAUGGCACAAAGGCGUUUACUUUUGAAAUUGUAGCUGUGGAACUGGGUGACUUGAGCAAGAUUGUGCUAACUGUGAGCAGUAAAAUGAGUGUUUCAGUACAUGUAGAUGAAAUACACCUAAGGGACAAAGCGGACAAAGAAAAACUCUAUGUAUUUAAUGUGAAUGAAGAAUUUAAUGUUGGCCCUGAUCAAGAAACAACUGUGAAGGAAAUUAAGCUUUCCAGUGUCAUGAGCAAGGGACAGAGAAAAGUCACACCUGUUAAGGAAAGAGUAAAUAGUCAUGGAGAUGACAAAGACGACGAGGCUGAAUUCUUAGUCAUUACCUUCACAGGAGAUGUAGCAGGAGCAGGCACAAAUGCACACGUUCACAUUGUUCUCUUUGGUAACCAAGGUUCCUCAGAGUCAAUUCCUCUCUCGGCAACUGAGGAGAAAUGGGAUCCCUUUGAAAAAGGCCAGGUUGACACAUUCAAAGUUAAAACAAGAUCAGUUGGAACGUUGCACAAAAUUGAGAUUGGUCAUGAUGGAAGAGGACUUGAAAGCGGGUGGUUUCUGGAAAAAGUAGAGAUCGUACAUCCACAAUCAAAUCUAAAGUUGGUUUUUCCAUGUAAUAGGUGGCUUUCAGCAGAUGAAGGUGACAGGAAAACCACAGUACAGCUCCACUGUGAAGGUUUUUAACUUUUUAAAUAUAACAAGAAAAAAUAAGUGUGGCUAAUAGACAGCAUGAAAAUGGUAUGAUGCAGGACACUCUUUUACAUUUUUAAACUGAAACCAUUAAUGAUAAUUGAAAACACAAAACUCAGAACAUGAAGAAACUAUUUACUACAGAAAUGAUAGUUUGCAAUACAGGCUUUGAGUUGAAUCAUUAUUUUUUUUUAAAUAAAAUAAUCUCCUCUGUAUGUCUAAUUUUCUCACAGAAAUUUCAAUAUUUGUUAUUAAAAUAAAAAUCUUAUAAAAUAUCAUCAUCACAACUAAAAACAUAUUCCCUUAUCUUACAAAUUACAUUUGAAAUUAAGUUGUUCGAACUUAUAACACAUUUAGCUAAAGAAGGAAAAGCUUGACAGGCUAUUUUCCACAGAGAUGUUAUUGAAAGUUACAAUCUAAAGGUGGUAAAAAUGUGAUAUUGUAUAAGUUCAGAACUUAAAAGUGCCAAAUAUUUGUGCAAUAUUUAAUAGAAAUGAAUAUAAUCAAUCAUUGUGUGAUUCCAUACAAUACAGUGAAAACUAGUACAAUGAUUUUGUCUUAUUGGAAGGUGUCUUAUUGUA